UUUGUGUGACAUAAACAAUUUGACGUAAAUAUUAAAAUGACGGACAAUGUAUCCGGUUAGCUAGCUAGCUAACGUUAGCCACUUCAUUUCCUGAGUCAAUCUAAUUUUAGCUAUCUGACUAAUUAUUGCAGCAUUUAUCGGUUCAGUGUUUACUGACAUCGACUUUUAUGAUAUCUGACUUUAACAGCAGCACAGCAGGCUUUGUGUCGGAACAUGGAGUUUGCAGAGUUGAUAAAGACACCCAGGGUGGAUGGGGUUGUCCUACAUCGGCCUUUCAUGCCCACAGUGGAGGGGACACUGUGUUUGACGGGUCAUCACCUGAUUCUCUCCUCCAGACAGGACAACACAGAGGAGCUGUGGCUGCUGCACUCAAACAUUGACUGUAUAGAGAAAAGGUUUGUGGGGUCUCUGGGGAGCAUCAUAGUCAAAUGUAAAGACCUGAGGGUGAUCCAGCUCGACAUCCCUGGCAUGGAAGAGUGUCUCAACAUUGCCAGCUCUAUUGAGGCUCUCUCCACUCUUGAUUCACCCUCCCUGAUGUACCCUUUCUUCUACCGGCCCAUGUUUGAAGUCAUAGAAGACGGCUGGAAUUCAUUUCUUCCAGAGGAUGCCUUUAAAGAUUUGGAGUCCAUGACAGAUGAGUGGAGACUGAGUGAUGUCAACAAGGACUUCAGUGUGUGUCCAUCAUACCCCCCUCUAGUGGCAGUGCCCAAAGAUGUGGAUGAUGACACACUGAGGAAAGUAGCCACCUUCCGACACAGUGGUCGUUUUCCGGUGCUUAGCUAUUACCACAAGAAGAAUGGCAUGGUGAUGAUGCGAGCAGGGCAGCCACUGACAGGUACCAACGGGCGGCGGUGUAAGGAAGACGAGAAGCUGAUCAAUGCCACCCUGCGGCCAGGCAAACGCGGCUACAUCAUUGACACACGCACCAUCAAUGUUGCCCAGCAGGCCAAAGCUCGAGGGGGAGGAUUUGAGUCUGAGGCUAACUACCCCCAAUGGAGGAGGAUCCACAAGGCAAUCGAAAGGUCUAACAUCCUCCAGGAGAGCCUGAUAAAGCUGGUAGAGGCGUGUAACGACCAGUCGCACAGUAUGGACCGCUGGCUAAGCAAACUAGAGGCUUCCAACUGGCAGACUCACGUCAAGGAGAUCCUCACCACCGCCUGCCUGGCUGCGCAGUGUAUCGACAGGGAGGGGGCGUCGGUGCUCGUUCAUGGUACAGAGGGGACAGACUCCACCCUGCAGGUGACCUCCUUGGCUCAGAUCAUCCUUGAUCCGGCCUGCAGGACCAUCAGAGGCUUCCAGAGUCUGGUGGAGCGAGAGUGGCUCCAGGCGGGUCACCCAUUCCAGCAGCGCUGCGCCCAGUCAGCCUACUCCAACAACAAGCCUCGACAGGAGGCGCCUGUCUUCCUUCUCUUCUUGGAUUGCGUGUGGCAGAUCCUUCGCCAGUUUCCGUGCUCCUUUGAAUUCAGCGAGAGCUUCCUGGUGCUGGUUUUUGAACACGCCUAUGCUUCUCAGUUUGGCACCUUCCUGGGCAACAGCACAGCCGAGAGGGUCAAACUGUCUCUACCUGAGAAGACUGUGUCCCUGUGGUCAUGGGUGAACCGGCCCCAAGAACUGGAGCGUCUGACCAACCCGCUCUACGAGGCCAACAGUCUUGUGAUCUGGCCCUCUGUGGCCCCUCAGAGUCUGCUGCUGUGGGAAGGAGUGUUCCUGCGUUGGAACCGCUCCUCUAAGUGUUUAGACGAGGCCUACGAGGAAAUGGUACACAUAAUAGAAUACAACAAGGAGCUUCAGAACAAAGUGAACAGCCUGCGCAGGCAGCUGGCCCAGCUGGAGACUGAAGAUCCUCUGCUGCAGACGCCGUAGAGUGAGAGACAGAGAUGGAAGAGAGAGGUAGAAAAUGUGAAAAUAUAAUGAAACAGAUCAGUGUCGGCCCAAUUUUAGGCUUUAAAAUCAAAACAUUAUAAUUUGGGAUUGUGUCUAUAAUUGAUGUUACAUUUUGGUUUCCUGCACAGAUGAAAAAAAAGGAAUAGAACGGCCCUAAACUGAGAUUAUAUUAUAACUGACCUCUCUACAGUUAUCUUUGUGCCCUGACACUUUACGUGCAUACAGGAAAAAAACAUACAUUUAAAGCUAAUUUAUCAGGUUGUUUUAUUGAAACUAAGCAGAAGUGAGAGCGAAAAAAACAUGCCGUUAUUUCCUAAGAGUGCUGCUAAAAGCCAAACACUCAUCAUCUCAUAGUUGUCUAAUACGGAGCUGAAACAAUCAGUCCCUCCAGGAUUUGCUUUUGGGACUCUUGCGCCCUAAAAUGCCUGAUUUAAUUGCAGUUUUUCUAAUUAACUGCAAUGCAUGUUGCAGUGUUUUUUCUUUUUUUAAGGUAAAAAAUUCAAAAAUAGUUGUGAAUUUUUUUUGUAUAUUCAUUAUUAAUCGAACUUUAACCAGUGAAAGUAAAGUUUGUAAUUGAUACUACGCUAACCAUGAAUAUGUAAUCUAACUCAUUUUGAUACCUUCUGCAUGUGGAAUAGGUCUGGACGCAACAGCCCCUGUCAUGGUAAUAUCUCUUGUCUGUCGUCGACCCAGUUUCAGCCAUUUUCUGAGUGUGUUUUGGGUUUAAAAAGGUGUGUGUGUUCCAUCACAACAUUGCACACUGCAAAACAGUUUACCCCCGCUUUUGUGCAGUACGUCAGGGAACUGUCUUGCUCACUCUUAAGCAGCCAUUUUUGUUGGUGAGUGUGAGAUGUUCAUGCAUCUCCAUCAACAGAAACAAGGCAGUGAAUUUGGUGACGUUACGUCGGGGCUGCUGUGAUUGGUGAAACUCACAGGAAACUGCAAUGAUUGGUCGAAUUUGCGGAAAAGUUGCAGUGUUCGGACAAAAUUGCAAGGUUGCACAGAAUUCACAGGGAUCGUGACAUUGCAACAUCCUGGAGGGGCUGAUUUAUCAAUUAAUCAAUCGUCCAAAAAAUAAUUGGCAGCUAUUUAGGUAAUUGAUUUAACAUUUCAGUAAUUAUUUGAAGCAUAUAUGCACUCAUUCGUCGGCUCCAGUUCAUAAAACGUGAGGAUGUGCUGCUUUUCUUUGUCAAAAAUCACUGUAAAUGUAAUAUUUUUGUGUUUUUGGACUGUUGGUCAGACAAUAUGCCCAAUUUGAAAAUGUCAGAUUGCCAUUUUUUUCUCUUUUUUUGACAUUUCAUUAAUUAAGUAAUUAAUUAAUCAGAUAACUAAUCACUAGAUUUAAUGAUAAGGAAAAUAAUAGUUAAUUGCAUCCUUACUCUAUUAUGAGAAAAAAAACUCUUCGGUUUCUAAACUAUCAGCUGAUUUUACAGUCACUAAUUCUCGUCAAACCCUCACAUCUCACACACACACACACACACACACACACAAAGAUACCUUAACAAUCUGAAUGACUCCAUUUUCUCUCAGUGUGUUCUAAUAGAUCACUAUAUAUGUUUGGGGGCAUUGAUCUUUUUCAGGCCGGAAUACUGGAUGCUCAUUUACCACAGGGUACACGCUUUCACCAAACAUCCUGCUGAAUGUAAAUGCCACUGAAGCACUGCAGAGUAACUAUGGCAACAUAUAGGGUGCUAUAAGGCAGCAUGUGACUCUGCUGCACGAUGAGAUGAUGUAAUAAGCGUAGGUAGGGUCAGCACCUGCUACACCGUACGAAGAGAGCGGAGGCUUGGUUAAUGGGGAAUCUGAUGGAAAUAUCUCGUAUAUAAAUAUCUGAUCAUUACUUGACAUUCCAGGAUGCAGCCAGCUGGAGGGAUUGAGACAGACUUAUUUAACAUAACCUUAUGAAAUGUUUGCUUGCCUGGUUAUUUUUGGGCAAAAUUAUUAUUCUAUCCCAAUUUCGUUAUGUGUAAUAGUCGAAUAUGUGUGAGCGUAUGAGGAUUUGUUGCAGCAGUGUGUUGGUCAUAUUAUUAUUAUCAGGAGACUUUACAGAGUUGAUGCAGGUUUGAAAAUAUAUUCAUGUGAGAUGUUGCUUCAAAGACCAAUUUAUAUUUUGGUAUUAAAGUUAUAUGAUAAAUGUUGUGUUCACGGACAUUAUGAAACAAGAUGCUUUCAAGUCGCUCAAGGUCCAAAACUAAUGCACUUUGUGUGAAAGGCAUAUACAGUACCAGAAACAGAUAAUUAUAAUUCCUGUAAUUAGCUUGCAGCCGCAGGACGCAAGGAGUCAUCAUGCUGGAAUUCAUGACCAUGAAAGCCACAAAAACACUGCUGGUGUUUCUUAUGAAUCCUUAAUUGCACUUACAGAAGCAGCUCAACCUGUUUACAGCAACGUGACCUGAAUUUUGUUGGCAAAAUGACAUGAAAGCUCAUCUUUCAGUGCUGUGGGUGAUGGUAGCUUCCGUUAGCAUAUCAGGAAAGCUUUAUGCUGCACUUUAAAUACAAAAACAUGGUAGUUGUGGGGUAAAAUUAAACCCAUUGUGGUCAUCUUUGGCCAAUUUUGUGUGUUGGCCAGUAAGAAAUAGCAUUUUCUCUGCGUGUGUCCACGUCAUCUUCAUACAUUAAAUCUACUUGCUUCAAGAAUGAUGUAAUAAUCACACUAAUUAAAUGGAUUCCUGCCACUACAUUAAACUGCUUUAUAAAGGGACAGUCGUUCAUAGCUGCACUAUAUACAUGUUUUCCUUUUGCCAAAAAAAAAGACACCUUACCUACUGUUGCUUUGUGUGUGCACGCAUCGAACAAUGCGUUCAAUCAGGUAAUGGUGUAAAGACACGUGUGCAAAUUUCCUAUGCUUGCAUUAUGCAUUAUAUUAUGAUUGUUGCUUUGUCAAAGUCAAAAACUCUACUGUGUUUGUGCAAUGCCUUACUGCAAAAGUCUGAUUUCAAAAUAAACGUUUAAGUAAAUUUAUCACUGCUGAUCAGAUGUCUGUAAAAAUCUAUUAUUGUUGAAAAGAUUACGUUUUUUUUUUUAAGUUUUCAAGACAUUAAAAAAUAUAGCACAAAAGAUUCUGCAAUAGAGUUUUUGUUCUCGCUGCAAGAUUUGUUUGAUUUUUAUCAGUCUUAACUUUCCAUCAA